AUGGAGCUCGGCAGCAUGGAGGUGCUGGGCCCCGAAGACGAGAAGCACUUGAUCCGCAAAAUCGACCUUCACCUCAUGCCCAUUCUCAUUGUCAGUUAUGGCCUUCAGUAUCUGGAUAAGACGAGUCUCGCGUACAGCGCCAUCCUGGGACUGCGGGAAGAACUGAAUCUUGUCGGCCAGCAGUAUAGUUGGACAUCCAGCGUCUUCUACAUCGGCUACCUUGUCGCAUCGUAUCCUAUUUCGCUCGGCUUCGUCAAAUUCCCUCUCGGAAAAUACCUUAGUGUGCUAAUUUUCCUCUGGGGCAUCGUCCUUACUCUGCACGCUGUUGCGUCCAACUACGCGAGUCUUAUGGUCCUGCGAACACUCCUGGGUGUCUUUGAAAGCGGCAUCAGUCCCGGCUUCUCUCUAAUCACGGGCAUGUGGUAUACUCCGAGGGAACACGUCUCGCGCCACUCGUUCUGGUUCGCGGGAAAUGCGUCGGCUAGCAUCAUCGGUUCUAUGAUUGCGUAUGGUCUCUUGCACUAUGAUGGCGCCUUGUCUCAGUGGAAGUUUCUGUUCCUCCUCUUCGGCCUCAUCACGGUGGCCUGGUCCGUCGUCGCUUGGUUCUAUCUCCCCGACUCUCCUCUCACCGCGAAGUUCCUGACUACUGCCGAACGCGAGCUGGUGGCACUCCGCCCUCAGAAGUACCAGAAAACCACCCAGACCAAGAAAUGGGACCGCGAUCAGUUUAUCGAGGCUCUCAAGGAUCCCAAGGCGUGGUGGUUCUUUUUCUUCUCGUUUGUCAUUUGCGUUCCUAACGGAGGAACAACUAGCUUCAACACGCUUGUCAUCAAAGGUUUCGGUUAUGACGAGUAUGAGACGAUUCUCAUGGGUCUCCCGGCUUCAGGCUUCCAGCUCCUCACCGUCUUCCUAGCUGCCGUUUUCACGUCUAACAUUCGAAAGUCUCGCCUCAUUGCGCUCGUGUUCAUUUUCCUCAUGGCUAUCGCCGGAAUUCUCAUGAUUAAACUGCUUCCCGAGGCUGAGAAACUCUCUCGCCUGGCAGGCUUCUGGCUUGUCAUGGCUGUUUCCCCUGCGUUCCCGCUGAUGCUCUCCUUGGCAUCUAGCAAUAUCGCGGGCUUCACUAAGAAGUCUACUGUCAUGGCAAUGAUCUUCUUGGGCUAUUGUGCGGGAAACCUAAGUGGCCCGCAAUUUUUUAUCGCCAGCGAGGCGCCAAACUACCAUACCGCCUACUCCACCAUCCUGGUCUGCUUUGCCAUCACCAUCGUUUUGGUAAUCGUCUUCCGGCUGUACUUGUCAUGGGAGAACGGACGCCGAGACAAGGAGCAGGGUGUCAAGAUCAACCCUGAGGAUGUCCGCCAUGUGGAUCUUGAUAAUGACGAGGGACUGCUCCAGGUAGAUGAGACGGAUAUCCAGAACAGGAACUUUAGGUAUAUCUUAUAAGUAUGCGUACGACGACUAAUUUACUAGUUAUCUGCCAUACUUGCGCGAUUGGCUGUCGAUCUCAUAGCUAAUAGAUGAUCACUAUUGCGUCAUACACCCUGACCUUGCCACCUUUACUCACAAGCCAACCACUAUCGUUGGUUGUCGUCACCACAACGGCUUCUGUUUCAUCGCCUGAAGGGUGUAUUCGUAAUUCCUCCUGCCAGUCCCCAGGUGUUGCGCGUCUACGACAGCCGGGCGCCCCGUUUGCUGGUGCCCCGUUUGCUGCUGUUCUAUUUCCAUCCGCGCAUCUUGACGAACUCCUUUGUCCCUCUUGGAAUAUUUAUGGAG